GGCUGGUUGGCUCUUGCCCCUUUCUCAGUUUUGAGCCUUGGCGCUGGAUAAUCGAAACCGGCCUCGUCGCAGGGAAAUAGUGGCCCUCCAACGCAACGCGAUUUUCUGCCUCGUCCCCCGGUAUUGUACUUUGUGUUAUCUGUUUGGCCUACUGCGUUUUAUGUUAGUCGAGUAUUGGCCCUUUCGAGGGCUCAGGGUGCACCAUGGAUCUCCGCUCGACGAUCUCUUCCUCCCUGUCCCCGGAUGCCUCGAUUCGGCAGCAAGCUGAGUUGAACCUCAAGCAAGCCGAACAGCAUCCAGGCUUUAUCGGUGCGCUUCUCGACAUUGUGCAGUCGGAGCAAGAUGCCGGGAUCCGGUUGUCGGCCACCAUCUACUUGAAGAAUCGAGUAUCGCGGGGAUGGAACAGCGAAAACACACCGCAUCAACCCAUCUCUGAACCCGAACGCAAGCCCUUCAAAGACCGCCUCUUGCCCAUCUUAUCCACCUCUCCUCCUCUGAUCCGAGCACAGCUCAUCCCCAUCCUCCAAACCAUCCUCCAGUUCGAUUUCCCCACAAAAUGGCCGGAAUUAAUGGACAUUACCCUCCAACUGAUGAACACACAAGAUGCCAACUCUGUCUAUGCGGGCUUACAGUGUCUGUUGGCCGUCUGCCGAACGUACCGGUUCCGAGCAGGAGAAGAGAGAGCGAACUUGGACAAGGUGGUCAAUGUCGCUUUUCCCACUCUGCUAGGCAUAGCAAACAAGCUCGUACUAGAGAACAGUUUGGAAGCCGGCGAGAUGCUAAGAAUCUGUGUCAAAUGCUACAAGCACGCAGUCUACUACGGUCUGCCUCAACCUCUCCAGUCACAUCAGGCGACUGUCGACUGGUGCACACUAUUCUUGACCGUUAUAUCCAAGACUCCACCCGAGUGCGCCAUGCUUGAGGAUCUCGAUGAUCGAGAACGCAAUCAUUGGUGGAAGGCAAGGAAGUGGUCAUACGCAAACCUCAAUCGUUUGUUUGUGCGUUAUGGCAACCCCUCUGGGCUUUCAACGUCUCAAGAAAAAGAAUAUGGCGACUUCUCCAAGAACUUCAUCACACAUUUCGCGCCGGAAAUGCUCAAGGUCUAUCUGGGGGAGAUCGAGAAAUGGGUCAGUGGGAAUCACUGGCUGAGCAAGCCGUCAUUAUCCUAUACAUUGAUCUUCUUGGAGGAAUGUGUAAAGCCAAAAGCCAUGUGGGACAAGCUGAAGCCGCACAUGGACAGUCUGAUCAAGCACUUGAUCUUUCCAGUGCUGUGUCAAUCCGAUGAGGAUAUGGAGCUCUUCACUGAAAACCCUCCCGACUACCUGCACCGCAAACUCAACUUUUACGAGGAAGUGUCUGCGCCAGACAUGGCUGCAACCAAUUUUUUGAUUGCUCUGACAAAGUCCCGAAAACAGCAGACCUAUGUAAUCCUCUCAUACGUCAAUGAGGUGGUUACACGGUACGAGGCCGCCCCGGACGACCAGAAGAAUCCCCGGGAGAAGGAGGGCGCUCUUAGAAUGAUUGGCUCCCUUGCAUCGGUGAUAUUGGGCAAGAAAAGUCCAUUUGCUGAUCAGGUCGAAUACUUCUUUGUACGACAUGUCUUUCCAGAGUUCAGGUCUCCACAUGGGUUCCUCCGGGCCAGGGCUUGUGAGACCAUGGAGAAAUUUGAGCAACUUGAUUUCAAAGACCAGAAUAAUCUGAUGGUCAUAUAUCAAAACAUCCUGGAAUCCAUGGCCGACCCAGAAUUGCCGGUCCGGGUCAUGGCCUCUCUGGCUUUGCAGCCGUUGAUAAGGCACGAUGCAAUCCGGAUAGCCAUGCAAAGCAACAUUCCACAGAUCAUGCAUCAACUCCUCAAGCUAAUGAAUGAAGUUGAUGUCGACGCCCUCUCAAAUGUCAUGGAAGACUUUGUCGAGGUCUUUGCCGAGCAACUGACGCCAUUUGCCGUUGCUCUGAGUGAGAACCUUCGGGACACUUAUCUUCGGAUCAUCAAGGACAUCCUUGAACGGAACGAGGCCAAGGCGGCGGAAAGUGGCGAGGCCCCGGGCUACGGUGACUAUCUCGACGACAAGGCUAUCGCUGCUUUGGGUGUAUUGCAGACGAUUGGCACACUCAUCCUUACGCUUGAGGCUACUCCGGACGUUCUCCUUCUUCUGGAAACCAUCCUCAUGCCUGUCAUUACUAUCACCCUAGAGAACAAACUUUAUGAUCUUUACAACGAAGUGUUUGAGAUCAUCGACUCCUGUACUUUUGCUUCCAAGUCCAUUUCCGACACAAUGUGGCAAGCGUUUGAGCUCAUGCACAAGACAUUCAAAGAUGGCGCCGAAUUGUAUCUUGAGGAUAUGCUCCCAGCCCUCGACAACUUCGUGUCAUACGGCCAGCAAAGACUAAUCAAUCACCCUCCCUAUCUCGCCGCCAUAGCAGGCAUGGUUCGAGAUAUCUUUGCCGACCCCAAAGUUGGAGGGGUUGACCGUAUUUGCGGCUGCAAACUUGCAGAGGCCAUGAUGCUGAAUCUUCGAGGUGGUCCAAUCGACAGCUACAUCCCAACAUUCGUGACUCUUCCCAUGGAAGUACUUACUGGGUCUCAACACAAGACGAUCAUGAAGAGCUAUAAGAUACACCUUCUGAAAAUGGUCAUCAACGCCGUCUACUACAACCCCAUUCUGGCAUUGCAGGUUCUCGAAGCCCACGGAUGGACCAACAAGUUUUUCUCUAUAUGGUUCGGUAGCAUCGACUCCUUCCGCCGUGUUCACGACAAGAAGCUCUGCAUUGCUGCAAUUUCCGCUCUUCUCACCAUUCAUGCCGACCAGGUGCCUCAGUCCGUACAGACCGGCUGGCCUAGAUUGCUGACCGGCGCAACAUAUCUGUUCCGGACAUUACCCGCGGCACUGAAGCAACGCGAGGACGCUGUCAAAGCUUCUGAUGGUGUUAGCGACACGCUAUCCGACGAUUAUGCCUCCGACGACGAUGCAGAGGAUUGGGCCGAUGAGCCAGGCAGCGAGCCAGCUCAGGAGUGGGGCAACGUCAACGCUGCGUCUUUGCCUGAUACCAAGGGCGACAUCAAGGAUGAAUCACAAGCAUACCUUGACUUCCUUAGUGAAGAAGCCAAGAAAUUCGGUGCUCUUGCGGACGACGACGACGAUAGUAUCCUCGACGAGGACAGUCUACUUGAGAGCCCGCUCGACAAGUUUGACCCUUAUGGUACGUUCAAGGAGUCAUUGGGUAGGCUUCAGUCCGAGCAACCUCAGUUGUACCAGAACUUGACCUCAAUCCUGGAGCCUGGUGACCGUGAGGUUUUGCAAAGUGUUGUCCACCACGCUCAGACGCAGGCGCAGGUACAGAGUUAGUUACACAUAUCGUUGGCCAGGCGUCUUCAGCUUCGCAGGGAAGGAAUCAGAAAGUCAGGUUCCGGGUCCUUGGGCCUAUAGACACGUGUUGGAACGGUUGGGUCUUCCACCUGGAGAGGCGCUUUUGCCUGCAGAUUGUGAGCCAACAUCUUUCUGGGCACGCGAUAUCGGACUUUCAAGGUUUCAUGUACUCCGGAAUGUUCUAAGGAGGAGGAGGCCCGGUGAUGUUGACAUUUUUCUCGAGUAUUAUCAUGGCAAGUCGUGGAGGGAGUGAAGAGCCGCAACACUAUAUGGAGCUUCGAGAUGACGAUGCCGCUGAUAGCGGUUUUCUCGACGUCGUUCUUUACGAUGGUCGAGCAAUACGUGUGGGACAUGCCGGCACAAGACUUGAAAAUUACAUGCUUUACAUAGAAUUCCCAAUACCCAAACAGCGGGCUUCGGCCCUUGAGGAAAGCCACCUGUCGUAGUCUCCAUGAUAUACCAUCAAUAUACAGUCCAG